AAGAUUUACAACCAAUUAUCGUUUGAAUUUAAUCUUAAUGGAACUAAAGCGUACGGCCCCGUGGAUUAUUUGGUAAAAUUCGGCGAUGUUGCAAUGCUGAUUAACGAAGCCAAAUUGGAUGAUAUUCCUAAGGGGAUAGCCCAAAACAUCAUGCAAUUGCAUAGUGCAUCAGAGGCAAGCGUAAGUUUGGCCAAAACAGAAUUUGGAUCUGAACCACUAUUAUUUGAAAUUGUAUCAACCGGAAGUAUAUGGCAUUUCAUUCGUUGGAUUGGUUCUCCAGAAAAACCUAAUGUUGAUAUUUCUCGCCGAUUUAUUUGCAAUUUUGAAGGGGAUAUGCAGAAUGAAAAUUGUAGUUUCUCUUAUUAUUCGUAUGUUAGAGGAACAAAACGAUGCAUUGAAUAA